CUAAGAUGCUAGCAAUCGAGACCAGAGGCUCAGCCACGCAACACGAGCGGUUCAGAGAUUUUGCUCCCGACAUGAAUCGAACGGCUGAUCUCCCUUGGAGCACAACAUUACAUUACCCUACACUAACGAUGUCUUCUUUUCAACAAUAAAAAUCCUAAUCGCCCUCACUCUUGUCUCCACUACACCUCGCCCUCGGACACACACACUCUCUCUCUCUGCCCCAACUCACGGCGGCAGUGGCGGAGAUGCAGUGUCGGCGACGGCCUGCGUGGGUUCACGCGCCGCCCUCUUUCUCUCUCUAAACCGCACGGCCUGCCGGAUAGACCGCCUUCUCCAAUUUCGUUCCUCGCCGGUCGUUCCUCUCCGUUGAGAAUUCGCACCUCUCGAAACACUCAUGUAAAUCCACAUCUUCUUCCUCUCUCUUUCUCUCCCUCGGCGGCGGUGGGUUUCUCAGGCGUGGUCAUCUGCCAAAUCUGGAGCAACCCCAUUUCAUCACCCUCUGCGGAAUCUACAACGCACGGUCGGUUUCGGUUCUUCUCUCUCUUGUGGGCGCGCGCGCGUCUGCUGUACUGUGGAGUUUUGUGGUACCGCCGUUUCGUGUUCGACAUCAAAGAAGCUCCUUUUCGGUUCCUUCGCCAUCGACAUCGACCCUCUCUCGCAAAUCUUGAAACUUUCGCCUGAAUCUGCUUUCACCCAUUUGGCCUCCAGCCCUGAGGAAGGCUCUCGACCAGGUUUGAGAUGAUGGAUGGAGAAACAUCGUGGGUUAUUCACUGCAAUGACGAUACUGCUAGAGACAUAGAUGAGUUUGAAUCGUUCUCUGAGCUUAGCGAUGAAGGCAAUCAAGCAGCUUCUGCAGUCUCUCUGGAUUUAAUCUUGCCGGAUGAUCUCUUGGAGCGAAUCUUGGCUUGUCUCCCUGUUAUGUGCAUCUUCAGAGCAGGUUCCGUCUGUAAAAGAUGGCAUGAAAUAGUUAGCUCAAGAAGGUUCUUAUGGAACCUGUCACAGGUACUCUCACAGAAACCUUGGUAUUUUAUGUUUACGAGUUCUGAUGAGCCUGGUGGGUAUGCCUUUGAUCCAAUCCUUAAAAAGUGGUACAAUAUUGACCUGCCUUGCAUUGAAAAGUCCAAUUGGUGCAAAGCUUCUUCAUGUGGGUUGGUUUCCUUCAUGGACAAUGACAGUAGAAGUGAAUUAUACAUCUGCAACCCGAUCACUAGACGUUGGAGGAAGCUAGCAGAGCCCCCGGGUUCGAAGUUUUCUGAUUAUAGUGCCCUGGCAAUGUCGACCAGCAGAGUUUCCAAUGGUUAUCAGAUCUCCAUUGUCAAAUCAAAGCAAGUCCCUGGGAAUUUUUAUCAGUGGGAUCUUUCAAUAUAUCUAUAUGAUUCUGAGACUAGGAUAUGGGCCACCUCAUCUACUGAGGUUUUCACCGGUUGGAGGGCUGGUGAUGAGAGUGUGAUUUGUGAUGGCAUUUUGUAUUUCUUGAUUUACUCGACAGGUGGUGGUGCACCGGAAAACCGUCAUGGCCUAGUACCAUAUGAUCUCUCGGGGCGAUCUUCCCAUGGUCUGUUGAUCAAAAACUCUAUUCCGGUACCUUGCCCCCUUACCUGUGGCCGUCUGAUGAAUCUGAAGGAGAACCUGGUUAUGGUGGGAGGAAUUGGUAAGCAAGAUCGGCCCGACAUAAUUAAGGGGAUUGGCAUCUGGAUGUUAAAAGGGAGGGAGUGGCAAGAGAUCGCCCGCAUGCCCCAUAAGUUCUUCCAAGGAUUUGGGGAACUUGAUGAUGUUUUUGCCAGCAGUGGUAUGGAUGAUCUGAUAUACAUCCAGAGCUAUGGCAACUCGAUGCUUCUUCUUUUUGAUAUGAGCCAAAAACAAUGGAAGUGGUCUUUAAAGUGCCCUGUGACGAAGAGGUUCCCUCUUCAGCUUUUCACUGGUUUUUCGUUUGAGCCCAGGCUUGAAAUUGCUCCCUAAUUUGUUUUUUGUUCAAUUCGAUGGUCACUUUUGUUGGAGCAACACUUCAUGUUCCUUGUGUCUGUUUGCAAUUAACUUAAGUUACAUGAUCAAGUGGCAUGAUAAAGUUUAUAGAGAAUGUAGCAGCAAUGGAAGCAGAUACCAUUCUUUGCAUUCAGAAAAUGGGAGUAAAUAUGAGCUUUGGGUUCUUUUUUUCUCAAAUUGAUGUCUUUUGUAUUUAAGAUUCUACUUUCUAACAUUCGAUUGGGUGUUUUUA